AUGUUGAGAUUGAUAUGUUUUGCUACUUUACUCUCAGUUGUGUAUUCUGGAUAUAACUUGAACUCCUCCAAUUUUAUCAAAGAGGCAUCUACUAUUUCUGAGUUAGAAGAGUAUGAUUACAUUAUCGUUGGAGGAGGAACUGCUGGAUGUCCAUUAGCAGCUACGCUUUCUGAGUAUUUCAAGGUACUUGUUCUAGAACGUGGAGGUUCACCAUAUAGAAAUCCAAAUAUUACACAACAAUCAAAUAUUGCAAAUGCCCCACGCCAAGACCCUGCAUUUCAACAAUUCACAUCUGAGGACGGGGUUGCUAAUCUUCGAGCAAAUGUAUUGGGUGGAGGGAGCAGUAUAAAUGGAGGGCUCUAUUCUCGUGCAGAGUUGAGUUUUCUUCGCCAAGCAAAGCUAGAUGAGACAACUGUGAAUAAGUCAUAUGCAUGGGUCGAAAAGGUUGUAGCAUUUGAACCAACUUACAAAAAUGCAUUUCAAUCUGCUACUCGUACUGCUCUUGUAACAGUUGGGGGAUCCGCAAAGUCAGCAUUUGGAGUUAUGUUUAAAGACAAUAUUGGUCAAACUCACACUGCAAUAUUAAAUGAGAAAACUGGAGGUGAAGUAAUAGUUUGUGCAGGUGCUCUUGGAAGUCCACAAUUACUAAUGCUAAGUGGAAUUGGCCCAAUAGAACAUCUUAAACCCCUUGGUAUGAACUUGGUACUGAAUUCUCCUCAAGUUGGAAAAGAGAUGAGAGAUAAUCCAUCAGGAGUAAUGGUAUUACCAUCUCCAAUUCCACUUGGUAAUUUUUGGAGUCCUCUUACUGUUGGAGUUGCAAGUGCUGGCUUUUUAGUGGAAACAAUGGGACUUGGAACUUCAGGUCGGCUUUUAGUGAAAGUUAAAGGUCCACAAUCUUUUGGAGAGCUGCUUCUCAAAUCCAAAAAUGCAAGUGAAACUCCAUCUGUGAGGUUUAACUACUUUAAAAGCCCAGAGGAUAUACAAAGAUGUGUUGCUGGAAUAAACACCUUAGAGGAGAUGGCUUUAUCAAGUGUUUUUGCACCCUAUCGAUAUGAUAACCAAACGCUGCCAUCAGGAGGUACUGUUUUAUUGCCAAAUCGACGGAAUUCUUUGUUCCUAAAGAGCAUCAACAGCACUAUAGCUGAUUAUUGCAAGAAAAAUAUUGGAACAUUUUAUCAUUAUCAUGGUGGCUGCCUGAAAGGGGAAGUUAUCGAUGAUAACUACAAGGUUAUUGGUACCAAUAAUUUACGAGUUGUAGAUGGCUCUACGUUUAAAUCCUCUCCAGGGACAAACCCUCAAGCUACAGUGAUGAUGUUAGGACGAUAUGUGGGAACUAAAUUACUUCUGGAGAAAGAGAAAAAGAAAAAGAAAUGUUAG